AUGAAUUCUACAACCGAUAAACGUGAACCGGAUCCCGAUGCUAUUAAAAUGUUUGUUGGACAAAUUCCACGUAAUAUGUCGGAAAAUGAUUUACGUGAUAUAUUUGAAAUAUAUGGACAAGUUUAUCAAUUGAACAUUUUAAGAGAUAAAAAUACCUCGGAUAGUAAAGGCUGUUGUUUCGUUACAUUUUAUACAAGAAAAGCAGCACUUGACGCACAAAACGCAUUACAUAACUUAAAAACACUGCAAGGUAUGCAUCAUCCAAUACAAAUGAAACCUGCAGAUACGGAAAAUAGAAAUGAGCGAAAAUUAUUUAUUGGUAUGAUAUCGAAAAAUUUAGAUGAAUCAAGUAUAAGAAAUUUAUUUUUACCCUAUGGAAAUAUAGAAGAUUGUACAAUACUCAGAGAUGGAAACGGAAAAAGUAGAGUUGUCAAAUUUGCAGAUACACCAAAGGAUAAAGAAACAAAAAAAAUGCAACAACAAUUCACAAAUACUAAUGGAAUAAUGCAACAGUUGGCAGCUGCGUCAACACUAAUGAGUCCAGCACCAAUGAAUACGUAUAAUUUUAUACCUGAUAUAGGAAAUUUAGUAUUUCUUCAACAACUAUUAAAGCAAUACGGAUUCUUAGGAAAUAAUGGAUCUGCUAUUAAUUUUCCAGCUCUUAAUAAUUUAUUACAAAUGUUGAAUUCAAAUGGUAAUAAACAAUUACCAGCUGGAAUUGCCAGUAGUCCAUCGAAUAUGGAUCUGAGUUCACAGUAUGGUAGUACUCAAUCAUUGAACAUACCUGGUCAAGAUACUUUAAGUGGACCAUUACACCAAAUGAACUCACCACGUCAAAAUACAAAUAAUCAACCGAAUUAUAAUGAUUCAACAUUAUAUUAUGCAAAUAAUGGGGCAAUAAAUGGAAAUGGGCCAAAUAAUUCAGCAGCCGUAACAGCAUCAAGCAACGGUCCCCUACCACCAGCGUCAACUUUUCAACAUCAGCUCUGUCCAAAUGGAACUAGCCCCGCUCAAAAUGGAGGUGCAAGUGAUACUGCACAAAAUCUUCAAGGACUGGCUGCAUUAUUACAACUAUCCCAUAAUGUCGGACUUAUACCGAAUAUUCAUUCAAGUCCACCAACAACAAAUUCUCCAGUUCCUCCUGCUGCAUUUCCUAUUUUUCAAUCUCCGUCUUAUUUGGCAUCACAAGUAGCUGGCAAACCUACUGAAGGACCAGACGGAUGUAAUCUUUUCAUUUAUCAUUUACCACAAGAAUACAAUGACACAGAUUUAGCACAAGCAUUUGCACCUUUCGGACAAAUUAUUUCUGCCAAAGUUUUUAUUGACAAAUUGACAAACAGGAGCAAAUGUUUCGGAUUUGUUAGCUUUGAUAAUGUUAUGUCUGCUCAGAAUGCUAUUACGAAUAUGAAUGGUUUUCAAAUUGGUUUAAAACGUCUUAAAGUUGAGUUAAAAAAACUACGUAAUGAUAAUAAUACUAAUCAUAACAAUAAUAGCAUAAAGAAAAGUCCACAACAACAACAACAACAAACACGUGUAUCACCGUUUUAG